CCUUUGUCGGUGUCAAGAUAAAAAUAUCCUCAAACGUUUCAUUUUUAUCAGAAUUAUUUGUUUUGUUUAAUUGCUGUGUAUAUUAUCAAAUAUAGUUCACGAUGAUGGAUCCAGAAAUGGAAUCAAAAGAAGACAAAAGAAAAAUGCCAAAAGUUACGAAGGUGAAGAACAAGAUGCCAGCGCCAGUACAGAUCACAGCUGAGCAGUUGCUGAGAGAGGCAAAAGAACGAGAGUUAGAGCUUUUACCACCGCCUCCAAAACAGAAAAUUUCUGACCCAGAAGAGCUGCAGGCAUACAGACUAAGACAGAGAAAGAUGUUUGAAGAUGAAAUCAGAAGGAAUCGCACUCAGAUGAUCAACUGGAUCAAGUAUGCGCAGUGGGAGGAAAGCACGAAGGAAAUACAGAGGGCCCGAUCAGUGUAUGAGAGAGCUCUAGAUGUGGACCACAGAAACAUCACUGUAUGGCUGAAAUAUGCAGAAAUGGAAAUGAGGAUGCGGCAGAUCAACCAUGCACGGAACAUCUGGGAUCGAGCUGUGACUGUGCUGCCAAGGGCCAACCAGUUCUGGUACAAGUACACAUACAUGGAAGAGAUGCUUGGAAAUAUUGCAGGAUGUCGUCAGGUGUUUGAGCGCUGGAUGGAGUGGGAGCCAGAGGAGCAGGCCUGGCACUCGUUUAUCAACUUUGAGCUGAGAUACAAAGAGCUCGAUAGGGCGCGCAUGAUCUAUGAACGAUUUGUGAUAAUCCAACCGGAGGUGAAGAACUGGAUCAAGUAUGCAAAAUUUGAAGAGAAGAACAGUUACAUCAACAGUUCUAGGAGCAUUUAUGAGCGGGCGGUGGAGUACUUUGGAGAGGACAACAUGGAUGAAAAACUUAUCAUAGCUUUCGCAAAAUUUGAGGAAGGGCAGAAAGAGCAUGAGCGAGCGAGAGUGAUAUACAAGUAUGCCCUGGACCAUCUGCCUAAAGACAAAUGUCAGGAGAUCUACAAGAACUACACUGUCCAUGAGAAGAAGUUUGGAUCUCGCACAGCCAUCGAGGAUGUCAUUGUCAGCAAGCGUAGGUUUCAGUAUGAAGAGGAGGUAAAAAGCAACUCAUUGAACUACGAUGCUUGGUUUGACUAUCUGCGUCUCCUGGAAGAUGAUGGAAAUGUGGAACAGAUACGGGACACAUAUGAGAGGGCUAUUGCUAAUGUACCCCCAGCCCAGGAAAAAAGAUUAUGGCGACGUUACAUAUAUUUAUGGAUCAACUAUGCUCUGUAUGAGGAACUGGAGACUGAAGACAUGGACAAGACAAGAGAGGUGUACAAGGCCUGCUUGGAUAUCAUUCCUCACAAAAAGUUUACAUUUGCAAAGAUAUGGCUGCUAUUUGCACAGUUUGAGCUGCGACAGAAAAAUCUUGUCAAUGCACGGAAGGUCAUGGGUGUUGCAAUUGGCAAAUGUCCUAAGAACAAGUUGUUCCGAGGGUACAUUGACAUGGAGCUACAGUUGAGAGAGUUUGAGAGGUGCCGAAUAUUGUACGAGAAAUUCCUCGAGUUUGUCCCAGAAAACUGUACAACUUGGAUGAAGUAUGCUGAACUGGAGACCAUACUCGGAGAUGUGGAGAGGGCAAGGGCCAUAUUUGAGUUAGCGAUUGCACAAACUAAACUCGACAUGCCUGAAGUGCUGUGGAAAGCAUACAUCGACUUUGAAAUUGAACACGAGGAGUUUAACAACACUAGAAACCUCUACAAGCGGCUGUUGCAAAGGACACAGCAUGUUAAGGUGUGGAUCAGCUACGCUCAGUUUGAGAGGACAACAGGUGAGCCAGAGUAUGUUAAGAACACUCGACGUAUCUAUCAGGAGGCUGCCAGCGCGCUUCGCACCUCGGAGGAGAAGGAGGAACGACUUAUGAUACUGGAGUCCUGGCAGGCAUUUGAGGCCGAGCAUGGUGAUGUUGAAUCUCAGGGUCGUGUGGAGCGAUUGAUGCCACAGAAGGUGAAGAAGAGGAGGAAGAUACAGACUGAUGAUGGGUCUGACGCGGGCUGGGAGGAGUAUUACGACUACAUCUUCCCUGACGAGACCUCGGCACAGCCCAACCUCAAACUGCUCGCCAUGGCCAAGAAGUGGAAGCAGACGCAGGAGCAGACGGAGACUGAGCAGACGCAGGAGCAGACGGAGACUGAUCGCCACGACGACGAGUCACAUGACCAACAAAACAUGGACACCGAGGCAGACUAAACUGGAUUUAUAUAUGAACUGCAUGAGUGUAAAGUGUCCUCCCAGAUUAGGCGGUGCAGUCCACACAGGCUUAUCAGGGAUGACACUUCACGCUUUCAUGUUAUAUUUUGUUUAAUUUAAAGGUCUUUACAAAACCAAAAUUCAGUUCAGGCUAGUGUCACUGAUUAACUUGUGACUGCACACUUUACGCCAAUACCUGAAGCCCAGUUUUCUUAGAACAAGGCUCAUAUAUUGUUGACCUUGAAUGAUUGAGCUAUCUGGGCUAUGUUUGAUCAUCUGGGCCAGUGCUGAUAAAGGGCCUUAAGAAAAUACUUAAUUAAGAAGAACUUAGUUCUCCGCUAAUUAUACAAGAUUAAGCAGUUAAGCAAUGUAUGUGCUUUCUCGAGGCAUUUACAUCAAAAACACAACAUAUCCAAAGACCUAAGGAUUUUUGGGGGAAUUACACGAAUUUCUUCAAGCAUCUUUAUUGAUGUGGUCCGAGAGCUUGUUAGCUCGAAUGGCAAGGCUCCAUUCAUUGAACUUUUACCCAGACUGAGAGUGUCAAGAGUGACAUUAACUGAUUGAAGUUUGGUGACUCUUUGAUAUAGACCGAGAUUCAUGGAAUCCCCUUACUGUAUUGACCUUUAUUUACUAUCAUUUGGCUGGGUCAGAGUCGGUAAAGUAACUUGUUGAUAGAAAGCAUAAUUUGGUAUAUCAUAAAAACUAAAUGAAUAUACAGAACUCUGUUAAUGUUACACUAAGUGAGCAGAAUUUAUUAUUUUGAUUUGUAAUAAAUAUACAAUACAGCAUGUUAAUGUUCAUACUGAGUGGAAAUUUGAAUAUCUUUUGAGUGAUGGGCCUCAUCUGUUUGACUCGAUAACUGAAUCUGUGAACACAUCUAUUGAAGUUGGUAAACACUGCCCAAAAAUUGAUACAGGAAAAGUAAGUUUGUCAAUUAUUAUCCCCUGCCAAAAGUGAAGGUAUAUAGAAUUGGCGUUGUCUGUCACUCAGACUGUCUAUCUGUUUGUUCAUAUGUCACAAGCUUAUAGAGUUAUAGCUCACAAACCACUAGUAUAUAAGAAAUCAACAUGAGGAGAAGUGCCAGAUACGCUCCAAGAUUUCAACAUAAAAUUUCAUAGGCAUAUAGAUACCAAUCAAAAGAAUUGCAAAAAAAUUCUACAUGGAAUCAUUUGUUUAGAGUUAAACAGUAUAUAAUAUGGAGGGAUUUGCACCCAUCAAUAAACACAUUUAUUUGGCGGGGGAUAUCAAUUUAAGAUUGAAAAUAUAUAGUUGCCUUUGAUAUUUCAUAUCUUUCAUUCAUAUGUUUCAUAUAAUCAUGUUUGUGAC